CGAAUCCGGAGACAUAAAAGCUGACGGCCGGCCGCGGAGAAGUUGCUAGCUGCCAAGUUUGCUGUGCCUGCUGCGGUGAGCCAAGGAAGCCGGGGCACUCUGUCGCUGAGACUUUACUCACCGCCUUCCAGCCUCCUGCUGACUUCUUCCCGGCUGGGCCUAUAGUUGCGAAGCCUUUUUUCAUCUUUUCACAACCGCAAAAACCAGUAGCGGGGGAGGCUCCAAAGAGAUCAAGAUGUGGACCGCGCCAGUGUUGUUUUGGAUUUUCGGGAGUGCGUGGUUCUGGCACUUUGCGCAGGGAGGGCCUAUAGACGGGCUAGAAGAUGAUAUUGUGACCCCAGGUCCAGGACAUGGCAUGGCGACCCGAGGUCUAGAAGAGGGAAUAGCAACCACAGGUGCUACUGGAGGACUGAAUGAACCUACUGGCAAGGCACCUCUGGUACCAACAGAGAGAGAGAGGAGAACAAAGGUUCCCAUUGAGGAUCUCUCAACCCCAGCCGUCCCAGACCGUGGUCACGAAGAACAUAAGAGUACAACCACUGUCAAAAUGGUGACGAGCCACUCUGCGGAGAAGGAAACAAGUCACCCCAACAGAGAUAACACAGCUGAUGAAACACAGACAACAGAUAAGAAAGAGGGUUUGGCAGUCGUGACCCUGGUUGGAAUCAUAGUUGGUGUCCUGUUAGCCAUCGGCUUCGUUGGAGGGAUCAUCGUUGUGGUUAUGAGGAAAAUUUCUGGAAGGUUCUCUCCCUAAAGAGCUGAGCAGAUCCGGCUGUUCUCCCAACACAUCAGAAAACAAGAGAGCUUCCAACUUCCCCUGUUCCCCGUCUUCUGCUGGUGGAGGAAGAUGACCCAUGGGAUGCCCACCCCACCCACCACCAUGGCGACUCCUCCACUGUCAGAAGUACCAAAGGAAAGAUAGAUGACAAGCCAUGGCCCCUUGAAGCAUAUGCCUUUGGAAAACAGACAUUUUUAAUAUAAAUUUUAUAAUAGAUGAUUCAAAAGACAGCAUGUAUAGAAAAUGGAGUGAAACUACAUAAACUGACUUGUAACCAAGACAGCAUCACCAAUUGGCUUUAGCAAUUGUAACCAUGGCUUCAUCCUGGUCAUUCCCUGCUACUGUUAAGAGGCAGAGGAAUCUGGAAAUGUUUAUUGAAUCUGUGGAGUCGUUGGCUCCAAUGUUACGUCAAAGAAGCACAGGCUUUUUUGCAGUUGCUGACCUGUUGAUAUGUACACAUUCCAUCCUAGUGGGGUCUGUGUUUAAGUGUGUUUGAGUCAUUGAGUUGCAAGUGUAAACUUAAAUUUCAGGCAUGAUGAAUGGCCUCUUAAGGGAGUCUGGUUGGACCAUUUCAGAAGCAUCCAUUGUGGCUUCACUCCCAGGAGGAUACUUUGUUGUUUACAAUUCUCUAAACCAUCUCUACGCCACAAUGACUUGAUGUCCCAGAGGUCUGUCCCCUCCGCUUCUCUUGGGUGAUGGAAAGCCCAGAUUAAGGAGCCAUGUCCUCACCUCCUUAGACUCAAACCUUCGGAUGAGCUGCUUCUUUCUGGACUGUGGAGGUCUUAACCCAGAGGUUGAAAAAGCUAUUGGAUGUCAUAGGAUGCCAGAAGUUUAGCAGAACGGUCCUGCUGUGGAUUAAGCAGAAGUGACUCCUGUGUGUGUUUUGGUAUAGGAAAUAAACUGACCAGUAUCUAACAUCUGCCUUCUGCCUCAAGGAAAGACAGAGAAAGCAAAAAUAAUUUUGUAUAAUCUUAGUUGCUUUUAUGUGGUUGGAUGUAAAUGUCUGAUUUUAAAAUAAAGGAUACUUCCAGUCUUCAUGA